AUGGCCAUCUGGCGCGGUGCGCACGUCUUUGCACCCGGCAUCAAGAGUCUUGAGGCUGGUAUUGUCCCAGACUCGUCCGUGGCAGUGUAUGCAGAUGUCGAUGAUGCCUACACGCGAGGGCAUAACGGGCCCUGCGAUCACCGCUUACUCUUUGUGGGCAAUGGCAUUGCUCACGUGGCUCGUGCCACCUUCUUCAAGGAUGAACAGCCCCGAGGGCUGGCCAUAACCAUGACAGCUGCUGUGUUUCAAACCAUGGACUUGCCUCCGCUGGAACCAAAUGCCAUCUUGCAAAACCUGCCGUCCUGUGUGGCUGCGCGCGCCCUGGCUCCCGAGCCGGGCAUGCGUGUCCUGGACAUGUGCGCUGCCCCUGGUGGCAAGACUUCACACAUUUCCCUGCUGCUGCGCGGCACCGGUACGGUGGUGGCGCUAGAGCGAAGCCCCAAACGUGCUGCUCAGUUGAAAGAGUGGGUUGCGAGCUUGGGAUGCCACAACGUUGAGGUACAUCAAAUGGAUGCCACCAAGUGCCUCGAGGGCUCCAAAGGCAAAAACUCAAAGUUUCCUCUGGCUAGUUUUGACGCUGUUUUGCUUGAUGCCCCCUGCUCAGGCCUGGGCCAACGACCGCGUGUGCGGGUGGAUUGCCCGUUGCGAGUGGCUGAGCUGGAGGACUACGCCUCUUACCAGCGCAAGCUGUUGCAAGUGGCCGUGGCGGCCCUACGUCCAGGUGGUCGCCUCGUCUUCUCCACGUGCAGCCUCUUCGCUGGAGAGAACGAGGCCAACGUGGCUUGGGCCCUCAAGGCUAUGCCCGAGCUGACUUUGGUGGAUGCGGUAUGUGUGUGUGUGUGUGUGUGUGUGUGUGUGUGUGUGUGUGUGUGUGUGUGUGUGUGUGUGUGUGUGUGUGUGUGUGGUGACGAGCCUUGA